ACGCAUUCGGGCGCAGUUCGAGCUGAAAAUAGAACCUACAAGUCUUGACGUAUUUCUAAGAUAUUAAGAACGUUGGUGUUUGUACAAGUGAACUUCUUACUUUUUUGGGCCAUUCCCGUUCCCAGUUGAAAGGGAAAUUUGAAGUGACCUAAAAUAUUUGGUUGAGAAAAGUGCAAAAAUGACGAGUGCAAGUCUUUUAUCGCGUUCUCUUAUCACAGAAGCUCCUCGCUCAAAAAAUCGCUCGGUGUUCACGCUGAUCGUGGGCUUGGUGGUUGGCUACUGCAUGGCGCAGCUCUUCUCGAGAAUUUCGCCGCAUGAGAGUCUGUAUCCGUAUCUCAGUCGCCGCCUCAGCCUUCCCAGCGAUUCAACAAGUGGCCAUCAGGAACCGGGACGCAAUCCCUUCUCGCACGAUCAUCCCAAUGACAAUACCACCGUAGCCGAGCAGCUCAAGAAGGAGGUUCGCGUCCUCUGCUGGGUGAUGACCAAUCCCACGAAUCACAAGAAGAAGGCUCGCCACGUGAAGCGAACGUGGGGCAAGCGCUGUAAUAUCCUGCUCUUCAUGAGUUCCGCAGAGGACGAUGAGCUGCCCACGGUUAAGUUGAAUGUGGGCGAGGGCCGUGAGAAUCUGUGGGCCAAGGUCAAGGAGGCUUUCAAGUACGUCUACAAGCAUCACUAUAACGAUGCCGACUUUUUCUACAAGGGCGAUGACGACACUUAUGCGGUGAUCGAGAAUAUGCGGUACAUGCUUUAUCCGUACAGUCCCGAAACCCCCGUGCAUUUUGGCUUCAAGUUCAAGCCGUUUGUGAAACAGGGCUAUAUGUCCGGUGGAGCGGGCUAUAUACUCAGUCGGGAGGCUCUGCGGCGAUUCGUGGUCGAGGGCAUUCCGAAUCCCAAGAUGUGCCUGCCGGGAACGGUGGUUAACGAGGACAUCGAAAUCGGGCGCUGCAUGGAGCAUCUGAAUGUUACGGCCGGCGAUUCCAGGGACGAAAUCGGACGAGGACGUAUGUUUCCAUUUGUCCCGGAACACCAUUUAAUUCCGGCCAAGUGGGAUAAGAACUUUUGGUACUGGAACUAUCUCUUCUACAAGACUGAUGACGGACUAGAUUGCUGCUCGGACUUGGCCAUCUCCUUUCAUUAUGUGGACCCAAAAGAUAUGUACGUGCUGGACUAUCUUAUCUACCAUUUGAAGCCAUACGGCUUGAUGAGAUCUCUAGAGCCUCUGCCGGCCAAACUCAAAGUGGGUCAGUUGCUGCCACCUCCCGUGGACGACCUCAUGGCUAGUAAUGAGGACUCUGUGGAUGAUUACGACAGGAUUUACACGACCACAACUGUUAAGCCCAAGGAACCGGAUGCAAGGGAAAUGGACUCCAAGGAGGUGGAAAAAGAAGAGGCAAAAUAUAGGGAAAAAGAGGAUAAAGAGGAAAAGGAUCAUUCACGAAGAUCUGACAAUGACUCGGAGUUUACUGAAGAGGACAAACAUAAGCAUUCCAAGUCCAAAGAAACUACUGAAGAAUAGUAAUAUUGCAUUACGGCUAUAAAGCCAAGACACUUCUCAACCUAAAACGGGGUUUACUUUCAGUCAUAAGCGAUAUAUUUAAAAAUUCAAAUUUGUUACUUUUUAAACAUGUUUUUCGGUUGUCAGUAAGAAUGAUACGAUUUUGUAUAACUGAUUUUAUUUAACAAUGGUCUUUUAACUGAAUUCUUUGUAAAAAUCUACUUUAAAUCUUAAGUUUAAGAACCUUUCUAAUGGCUGUACAAACAGACCUAUAUUCGUGUAAAGUAAAUCAAUAAAGAUUUCAUUUACCUAUUUAA